GACAGUGACGACAGUGUCUGCCUUCAGCAGGAACUGUCGUCUUUCUCACUUCUGACUAAACCGCUGCAGCGAACACUCCAGAGUCCCUCAGCUGUUCUUUGCGUUUCUCAUCAUUCUCCUGCACACCUACAAAAGCUCCUGCGGAUAGACUCCAGCCAUGAACGAAGACGACCAAUAUCAGCUCUACCUGGAUCUGUUCAAUGACAGUAACACGACCGACCCGAGCUAUGUGGGCUCCAAAACAGUUAAGAUCUGUUCGAAGGAGAGUGUCAACUACUUUGGGGCAAGAUUCAUCCCAGUUUUCUACUAUGUCAUCUUCAUCCUGAGUUACCUUGGCAAUGGGCUUGUCCUCUUCAUCGUCUACAAGUAUGAAAAACUUAACACAGUGACAAACGUCUUCCUCCUGAAUUUGGUCCUUUCCAACAUCCUCUUUGCCACCAGUCUCCCCUUCUGGGCGACAUACCAUCAGUCAGAGUGGAUUUUUGGCUCGUUUCUGUGUAAGAUGGUCAGCAGCGCCUACUUUAUUGGCUUCUACAGCUCCAUUCUCUUCCUCACACUCAUGACAUUUGACCGAUACCUUGCUGUGGUGCAUGCAGUGGCAGCUGCCAAGAGCAGGAAAAAGGCAUAUGCCGUUGUUGGGUCAGUAGCAGUUUGGUGUAUCAGUGUUGUAGCAAGCAUAAAAGAGCUGGUUCUCCAGAAUGUGUGGAAGAGUCCGUUCAGUGGACUCAUGUGUGAGGAGUCAGGAUUUCUUGAAAGCACAAUGAAGCGCUGGCGUCUGGUCAGUUAUUACCAACAAUUCCUCCUGUUUUUCCUUCUCCCUCUGUUCAUGGUGAUGUACUGCUACAUCAGCAUCACAGUCCGUAUCCUGUCUACCCGCAUGAAGGAGAAGUGCCGCGCCAUCAAGCUCAUAUUUGUUAUCAUUCUCACUUUCUUCGCUUGCUGGACACCCUACAACAUCGUCAUUCUCUUCCAAGCUAUACAGAUUUCCAGCACCAGCGAGGAUGAUGACCUGUGUAGUGAAUCUGAGAGUUUGGACUAUGCCUUGUAUGUCACCCGGAACAUAGCAUUUCUGUACUGUUGUAUCAGUCCUGUGUUUUAUACGUUUGUGGGAAAGAAGUUCCAGAGACACUUCAGAAGGCUAGUGGCAAAGAAGAUCCCCUGUCUGAAGAGACAUAUCAGCCUCAGCAGCCAGAGCACCAAAACCACAUCACAGCGGACACCACACUCUGCUUAUGAUUACUAAACACACACAAACACCAAAUGAAUGUCAGUGUAAUGACAUUUGUUUCCUGGGGACUUAGUGCUUAGGGUAACCUUGUUAGUGUAACCCUAACAACUACUGAUCGAACCCUAAGCAUUAUCCUAAUGUUAGCCAAUGCCAAACAUUACUCUAACCUUAAAAUAUGUGUUCCCCUUUAAAUUGAAAUAUUUACCUUAUGGGUACUUGUUUAUUGUCCCCAUAAGGAAGACAAGUCCCCAUUUGAUGGUCUAUAAAAAUGUAGGUCCUCACAACAUGAGUAAUACCUUGACCACACACACACACUCAGCAAGUAAAGAGAGUCAUCAUUGGUUUGAUUCCUAGCUCCUUUAGUCCACAUGACAAAGUGUCCUUGGGCAGGAUACUGAACCCUAAGUUGCCCCUGAUGAAUGUUCCAGCAGAUGGUGAUAGAAAAAGUGGAACAUAUAGUAGCGCUGCAUGAAUGUGAGUGUGAAUGCGUGACUGUGGCUUGUACUGUAAAGUGAGUAAAUCUCACACUUAAUAAGAAAGAAUAAAAUUGUCUUUAUCAUUAACUGUCUUAGAUAAUUUUGUCAGUGUUUAGAUAUUGUUUAUUCUAUAUAAUGUUACCUCUAUUUGAAAGGGUUACAUGAUGAAGACUUGCUUUGUGUCUUUUUUUGAGUAUCUUCAAUUGUACAAACCAUAACUACUGUAAUCAACUACAAAAUGCUUCUGCCUUUGAUCACAUUUUAUGUAGAUACACUAUGAAUUUGAUUAUGUCAGGUCAAAAUAUUUUGCCACAUGUGCAGAGCUGGUAAUUCAUUGAGAAUGAAAAGGCAAACGUAUUUUCCCAUAUCCCAACAGUGGCUCUCAGUCCAUACAUGUUUCAAAACAGCUCCGAAAUAGAUGGUUGUACACUUUAGAAAGGCUUGAGCCAACAGUGCAUAAAUGAUGUGGGAUAGAGAUAAUGCUGCACAUAGACAUGUGAGUGAAUGGGUGAAUUCAACUUGUGCUGUAAAUACAGUCCAUUUGUCAUAUACCAUUAUUUUAACUCCUGGCACGUUGUGUUCAGCAGCACAUUGAGGGACAGACAGGACUUUGUGGGACUGUAUUGUUUUAGUUCUUUGAAUUGCCUGCUUGAUGAUUUCAUGCAUGUGCUCCGAACGAGGUCCGGAAUUCCAGUCUUUUUGAUUUGGUGUAUACUUGUAGAGGUUUGAUGUAUUGGACUUAUCUUGUACCGUUGAACGCUUUGAAAUAAUUUGUGUGUUACCAUUCCAAUAAAUAUGACAUUCACACUGUU